CCUAAUGACAAAUAACAUUAUUCUGAGCGAUCACAAACUACCAUAAAUGAUUAUACAUCAAUUCCUCGAUUAAUUCAUUCAAACCCAAAAAGAGAAAGCACAACACAAAAAAGAACCAAAAAGAAAAAGUUACACAGCUAUAACACAAAGAACAAAGAACAUUUUGAUUCUCACUUACCACCCUGUACAGAGAAUCAACUCCCCCCCACCUCAUCCCCACCCACUCUAGUUACCAGAAAUGGCAGCACCUCCGUCCACGGUGGUGGUGACACUGCUAUUCUUUCUGUUCACCACCACCACUAGGCCACCCUUUUUGGUGGUGGAAGCCACGUGGUGUGUGGUGAGGAGUGACGCCAGUGACCAGGCUAUGCUAGCAGGUUUAAACUUUGCCUGUGCAGCUGGGGCAGAUUGUGCACCCAUUCAAUCUUCUGGGCUGUGCUAUUUGCCCAACACAAUACAAGCCCAUGCCUCCUACGCCUACAACAGUUACUACCAGCGUAGGAACAAUGACCCUGCCUCCUGUUACUUCUCUGGCACUGCCACCAUAGCAAAAACUGACCCCAGUAUGUAUCAUCUCUCUCGUUUUUUGCGUUAUGGAUCCUGUGUUUAUCCAUCAUCUCCAAGCACUGCAGGAGGGUCGGUUGCACCAGGAGGGACAUCGGUACCAGGAACAAUGCCUGUUAUAAGUGCAACACCUCCACCACCAGGAACCACCACUGCACCUUUGCUCGGCGCUGGAGGAUUAACACCGGCCAUGGGAACUGCAGAUCCUGACUCACCAAAAUCAUCUAAUGCUUCACCAUACCUGUCGAUAAAAGCAAUCAUGUUCCCUGUAUAUUUCGUCAUUCUAUCGUUUACAUUCCAAGCCAUGUAAAGUCCAGAAGCAAAGUAAAUAACUUUAGUGUGAAGACUAGGCUAGUAUGCAGCACUCAACAAGAUUCAACAAUAUAGCUCCAUCUUCUUGAUUUGGUUAAUAUGAUUCAAUAUUUUAUAGUCUACCUCACCCUUUGAUGCUUGGACUCUUUGAAAUGGUUGGAGUACCUGUGUCCGUUUGUUGGAGUACUUGUGUCGUGUUCAACACGACAUGUGUAUGGGUAUGGGAUAUGUGUCGAAUCUUUCAAUUUUCAAAUGGACACUUCGUAGUUUUUUGCU